AUGUCGGACGAUUCUGAAGAGGCUUGUCUGGUUAGACCUAGAUCUCCAUCUUUGAGUGGUGUACCGGCUGGAACGAUGCAGUAUACGCAUGGAAUAUCAAAUACCCAGCUUCAGGCUCAUAAUAAUAACAGCAAUCAUUCCACGCAGAGUCAUGGCUCAAAUUCAACAGCUCGGGGUUCCCAAUCAGAAUCUGGUGAACUGAUUGACUACAGCGACGAUGUCAUCCUUAGUCAAUUCCACGCAGAUGCGAUAAAACAAGCGGGAUUUGGAAAAUUUCAAUUGAUUGCAUCCAUCAUCAGUGGACUUGGUCUCUCUGGACAUGCAAUCCAAAUCUAUGCGGUAUUCUACAUUAUACCUUCUGCAGAAGUGGAGUAUUGUAUACUAGAUACUGAGAAAAGCUGGCUCGGUUCUAUAACAUUGCUUGGUAUGGCUUUGGGAGCACUGCUAUGGGGCGGAUUAGCUGGUCGUACGGGUAGAAGAAAGUCCCUAUUGAGUUGCCUGGCUGUAUGCGGAGUUUUCUCUGUCAUUGCUGCAUUUAUGCCGACCUAUGGACCGUUUAUGAUGGCUCGCUUUUGUGCUGCAGUUGGGAUAGGGGGAGCCCUGCCUACAGCUUCCGUUUACCUAUGCGAGUUAACUCCGGUCAAUUUUAGAGCUCGAAUUUUGGGGCUUCUUGGAGCAUUCGGCGUAGCAGGAGGUUUAGUAGCGGGUGCAAUCGCUACAAUUACGGUACCCGCUACGGGGCAAAAGGUCAUGCUGGAAAAUAAAGAACAUUUCAGCGCUUGGCAUCGGUACUUGCUACUCAGUUCAUUGCCAACGUUUGCUUCAAUUCUUGGAUUAUUUUGGCUGCCCGAAUCCCCUAGGUAUCUACUGGAGAACUCCAGAGAAGUUGAAGCAUUAACAAUAUAUCAGAAAAUAUACCAAAGUAAUCGAACGCGCGGUGGUUAUGCGUUAACUGAAUUAGAGCUGCCUGGAACGCGAACGCAUCGAAAUCUACCGACCUCAGUAUUACAGGAAAUGGCCACUAGUAUUGCAUUAUUUUUUGGUAGCUUCGCUCAAUUGUUUAAUAAAUUAAACCUCAAACAAACACUGCUUCUCUUUGCCGCGUGGACUACAACUAUCUUCGUUUAUCAUGGAUUAACAAUUUACAUUGCCGAGUACUCUAAAAGCACGGAAUCGGAAAACUACUAUCGUAACACAAUCAACAAGGAUAGCAUUUCAUAUGAAAACAAUGACUUCAACAAAUCGAUUGAAAACAUCAUAUAUACCAACUGUCGUUUUGUAAACUGCACUUUUCGCAGAAUGUUCAUCAGUCACGUAACGUUCAAUAACUGCACUUUUCAGUAUACUGAAUUUACCAAUGUGAAAACUAGCCGCACUCAAUUUAAAUAUAGUACAUUUGAUGAUGUGGGAUUGAUUGAUACUGACCUAACUGAGCGACACUUCAUCAACUGUUUAAUGAACAAUAUAACGACACUAAGGUUGUUGUCGACUUGUGACAGGGAUUUUGAAUAUAACAUUUAUUUGGACUCUCUUUGGAAAUCGCAUUUCGGAGCUUUGCUACCGGGUAUAAUCUUUAUGUUAAUGGUUGGAGAAGGGUCCCAUCGGUUCGGAAGGAGUAGAGUUGCAAUUCUGUGUUUUGGAUUUUCGAUCUGUCUUAGUAUAACGUUUGCAUUCCUGUACCAUGAUUUGCAAGUGGUAUGGACCGCAGGUUCGGCUCAAGGACUUAUGCUUGCUGGAAUUGCAGCCCUGACUUUAUUGGCUAUCGAAAAUUACACUACAAUGUUAAGAUGUACUGCGCUUGGAUUUUUCGUUUGCGGUGGUCACAUUGGAGCAUUGAUUGGCGCUCCGUUAUACGCAUCAUUCCCGGUGGCAACCUCGAAAGUAGCUGCUAUCAUAUCAACGAUCUUUCUUAGUGUCCCAAUAUCAUCCGCAAUCAUCUUAAAGGAUCCUUGUCUUUUGCUAUGA